AUGCGUCCCCACAUACUAUCUCGAACCGAAGUGAUAGGCCGUCAGACUUCUUCCUUAUGGAAGAUCUAUAGCCGUCCUAGGGCGUCUCCCGUCUGGACCCGGGUUCUCUCAGCACCAUGCCCUCGACUUACAAACUUGAGAGUGCUGGAUGAUAUCCUAUGCCGAAGAUUUACAAGUGUUCAAAACGGUGACGGUAAAUAUGGGGGUAGGGAAGGACAGGCCAUCAGCAAAGCCGCAUCUGUGGUUCCACCUGCUCUCGAACACAAAUCGGCGAAGGACUUGAAGCGGACAAAUGAGGAAAGCCUGACGGGUCUUCAGAACGAUAGCCGGCUCGUUACGUUUUGGGGAAGCUUCAAUUGCAAGUCCACAAAACCAAACCAACUAUUUAAAUCCUAUCUUCAACUUCCCGUUCCGCGACUUCAGUACCUGUCACAAGAACAAGUUUAUGGACUGCUUUCUAGAAUUUCUAUCAUCAAAAAAGGCGAUGAGAACACCAUGCUCCAGUAUCUUACAAUCAUCGAUGAUAUGAAAACAGGGAGAGUUCCAAUUCCGAGGUAUCACUGGAACACCGCGAUUAGCUUUGUUGCGAAGUGCUAUCGUCACCUGACAGACCAUGAUCUUCAAUCAGGUCUAUUUCUCUGGAAAGAGAUGGAAAGGUCGGCUGGGGUAUUAGCUGAUGCUACCACGUUUAACAUACUUUUCCACCUUGCAACAAAUUCUAACAUGGCGCAUCUCCCUCUGAUGAUUUUAAAAGAGAUGAAAAGGCGAAACAUACCAAUGGACAGAUUCAGCUAUGUCAAUCUUAUAAUAUACUAUGGGAAGCAGGGGGAUGGCCGAGGCAUACGACAUGCUUACCGGGAGUUCAUUCGAACGGGAGAGGUCGUGGAUAUCGUUGUCCUCAACGCUGUGAUGACAGCGUUGAUUGACGCAGGAGAGCCACAAGCCGCCGAGGAUGUUUUAAUGCACCUUAUACAAUUGCCUACCAAAUUGAAGUCAGAACCAUCAUCGGAAGACCAAAGUGCGCGGAAACUUCACAAGGAUAUCCGGAACCUAAGAUGGAUCUUGGCCCAACAGGGAUUUGACCCAAGGAUGGAUUUGCGCCUGGCGCCUCUAGCUCCGGACUUGGUAUCUUUCGCAAUAUUCAUAGAUUACCAUGCUAGAGAAACAGCUGACUUUGGAAAAAUUUUAUCUCUCUUAAACGAUCUUUCAGAGUGUGGGAUCAACCCUGAGGCCUCUAUUCUCCAGUCUCUAUUCAAAGGAUUCGCUUUACAUGGGAGCGUCAGAUAUACCCCGUGGACCUUGCAGAGACUAAAUGCAGUCUUUGAUGCUUUCAUGAACCGGGGCUAUUGCAUUAAUCAGGAUGCAACGCUGUGGUGUCUUCGAGCGCAUGUCAUACUUGCUGGAAAGAAAAGGGGAAGGGAGGUCUGGGAGAUAUUAAAAAUGAAAUGGAUAGAACAAGGAGGGAAUGAAUCUGAGAUAUCCGAGGUAGAACACCGGCUUCCUAGGAUGAAAAAAGAUCUUUGA